AUGCUCCCCAGCGCCGUGGCAGCCCACGCCGGCGCGUACUGGGACGUGGUAGCGUCCUCCGCGCUCCUCAACUUCCCCACAGCGCCGGGCUUUGGCAACCUGGGCAAGAGUUUCCUGAUCGAGAACUUGCUGCGGGCUGGGGGCGCCCCGCCGCACGGGCUGCAGCCACCCGCGCACCACGGCCCCGCGUCGGCUCUGGUCGCCGCCGCCGCCACAGCCGCCCGCGCGCAGGUCCGGCCCCUGCCGGCCAGCCCCGUUCCCCUCAAGCUGUGCCCUGCGGCGGAACAAGUCAGCGCCUCCGGCGCGCCGUACGGCACGCGUUGGGCUUUUCAAGUGCUCAGCCCCUCGGCGGACGGCCCCAGGCUGCCGGGACGGGCCCCGGCGGACCGAGACUGUACCUUCCAGCCUUCAGCCCCAGCGUCUUCCAAGCCUUUUUUCCUGAGUGCCCCUCCAUUCUACUCGGCAUGCUGCGGUGGGUCCUGUCGGCGCCCUGCAUCCCCCACUGCUUUUGCAAGAGAAGAGAGUGUGCUGCCUCUCCUGACACAGGACUCUAACUCCAAAGCUCGGAGGGGUAUUUUAAGAAGAGCUGUUUUUUCUGAGGAUCAGAGAAAGGCUCUGGAGAAAAUGUUUCAGAAGCAGAAAUAUAUCAGCAAAACAGACCGAAAGAAACUCGCCCUCAGCUUGGGACUAAAGGAAUCACAGGUGAAAAUUUGGUUUCAGAACAGAAGAAUGAAGUGGCGGAAUUCCAAAGAGAAGGAAGUGCUUUCCAACAGGUGUGUCCAAGAAGUAGGCCUUCCAGAGGAUCCCCUCUCACGGUCUGCUCUGGGGUUCCCUUCUCCAUGUCCUUCGCUCUGGGAAGUCUCCCAGCAGCACUCGAGUCCAAGAUGGAGGGAGAAUUCGCCAGAACCUUCAGAAAGACUCAUCCAGGAGAGUUCAGGGGCAGUGCCCCCGGAAGCAAAGUCACUGCAGAGUGCCUUAUAUUUGUGUUCCGAAGAAGCUGGAGACAAGAGUGUCCUUGCUGGGGUGGUCUGAAUCGAAGCCUUCCUCUAUGUUAAUUUAAAAGGAUGCUUAACUAAUAACAUUUGGACUCUAAAGCCAGCUAGUUUGUGCCUCAUCGGUGCCUAAAACAUACUACCUUUGGAGUGAUGCAUGAACUAAUGCUUUAGGAAACCCUCUCCAGUGUUCUCUUGUUGGGCUCCCACACUCAGGCUUAAUGUGUAAGUAGAAUAGAAUCUCCCAGAAGGUACAAAGGAACUGAAAAGAAUGAGAAUUAUAGUUAGCUCAGUCCCUAGUCUGAGUAUGUGUGUAUAUAUGUGUUUGUCUUUACAUGUGUAUAUAUAUAUAAAUGUUCAUUGAAAUACAUUAGUAGGAGCUAGUUCCUCUUUAAAUACUGUACCAAGCAAAUUCAUGUCCUUUUAUAUGAGGAAAAAACAAUUAUUGACUGGAUGUUAAUAAUUUUUUGAAAAUAACGUAAUAUUUGGAUUUUGGUCCAACAUGUUUUUUGUUUUUUUGUUUUUUAAUUCCCUAUUUUCUGGUUUCUUUCAGUGUCCAGCUAUAAGUGAAACUUAACAACUCAGCUCAGCUACCCUAAUCGAAUGAGCCACUAUUAGAUAUAUACACUGAAAGUAUAUACUUAAAAGUAAUCCAACAAGAAAAUUAGAAGAAUUUCUGAAUGAAACUAUUAGAACCCUAAAUUUUCCAAGUCUCUGAACUUCAUCAGGACAUCAUUGAGGGAGGUACCCAUUUAACUAACAAUUAUCUUUUGAUCUCUUCUCUGUGAGGAUGGGCCUUAAUCAAGGUUUGCAAAAUGAAAUGCCUUUAAGGGCCUAUCAGUAAAGAAAGGGCAUGGUCCACCUAAAAAUAUUUGAGUUUAGUAAUUUACGAAAUAUUGUGUUGGGCAAAAGAAACCUCUGUGCCAAGCUGUUUGUGACCUCUGGCCAAGACUUAAAGAAAUGUCACAGUUCCUAAAAUGUUCCCAACUGGACUUCAAAAUACAAUACUGAUGGAACUGGUAGUGGAUUUCUGUUUGCACUUCUAGUUAUAGACUCAAUUUUCCACUUAGGUGGUACACACUAUAUAUAUUAGGUUAUUUUUAUGUAUUAACAAGAACCACACAGAUGUUUUGUGUGUUUUGUUGUUCCUGAAAUAGUCAUAUUAUAAAAUUGCAUUUCUGGUAACGAUUUGCUUAGUUAAUCUAGAAAUUUUUAUUCAAGGUCCAAGAAAAAAUUAUGUUUCACUUUGGAGGAAAUGAGGCAGAAAAAGGAAAUGAUGUGGUUUUGAACUAGGUUAUUAUUAAUCUGUGGACAAGAAACGUUAUUAGAAGUUCAUGAUGUGGAAUUUUGUUAGUGAGAAAGCUGCGUAAAGGGAGUGGCUUCUAAUUUGCUUACAUUCCUAGUUAUAGACUUUGAAACUUUAGGGUUUAGAGAAGGUAAUAUCUAAAAAGACAAUGGUUUUAGUCAGCAUCAAGAAAUGAUUUUGUUUGAACAUGAUUAGAAUUGGGGUAUGCUAGCCUGUGUCUUUAUCACAAGAUACUUUACUUAAAAGUCCUCUCAGAAGAAGCUUGUCCUAGUGUCUCUGUGGGAAAGAGGAGCAGGGAUCUGCAGACCACAAUUUAAAAUUUAAAACCUAUCUUUAAAUGAUUUGUAGUAUUGUUGUUGUUGUUGUUUUCCUCUUGGUAGGAUGUUAACCUCACCUACAUUUAUUGGAUGUGCCAGAGAAUGUGCUAAGCCUUUAGGGUGAAUUAAUUCAUGGUGGUCCUCAUGAAAGUAGCCCUAGGAGGUAGGUGCUAUUAUUGUCAGGAUUGCUUUUUCCCAGGUGAGGGUUUAAGGCUAUGAGUUAGGGUGGUGGCCCAAGGUCAUGAGGUUAAUAAAUGGAAUUUGGACCCUGGCCAUCAAGUUUCAAAUCUUGAAAUCCUACCAGCCAUCUUGGGGUAUGUGUGUGCAUACCACUGUAGAAUGUAUUCACCAGCUAUGGGAUGCGUUGUAAGACAUACGUUUCGGAGAUUGCAGUAAGAUUUAUUAAAGAAAUUCAGAAGCA